GGAGCCGCCGGGCGUCCCCUCACCCUCCAACCGACAUCUUCCCGCGAGCCGAGCCCGUCAGAGCCAGCACGGCCUGCCUUGCUCUGAGAAGGAUGUCGCGGGCGGUUCAUCUUCUACUCCCCUGUCCUGUGCAGCUUGGUAGCUUGAAGAACGACUCCUUGGAAGGUCAGCUUCAUGAGUAUGUGAAACAAGGGAAUUACGUGAAAGUCAAGAAGAUCCUCAAGAAAGGAGUUUAUGUUGAUGCAGUUAACUCCCUGGGUCAGACUGCACUUUUUGUUGCUGCGUUAUUAGGACUGACAAAGUUAGUUGAUGUUCUGGUGGCUCAUGGAUCAGAUCCAAAUCAUCGCUGCUUUGAUGGGAGCACCCCUGUCCAUGCAGCAGCAUUCUCUGGAAAUCAGUGGAUCCUUAGCAAAUUGCUGGAUGCAGGUGGUGACCUGCGGCUCCAUGACGAGAAGGGGCAAAAUCCGCAGACCUGGGCCUUGGCGGCAGGGAAGGAGCGCAGCACCCCGAUGGUGGAGUUCAUGCAGCGCUGUGCCUCGCACAUGCAGGCCAUCAUCCAGGGAUUCUCUUAUGACCUCCUGAAGAAGGUGGACUCCCCGCAGCGACUCGUCUGCAGCCCACCCUGGUUUGGGGGACUUAUGCAGGGAAACUCGAAUGGCUCUCCUAACCGAUUGCUUAAAGCUGGGGUCAUUUCAGCUAAAAAUAUCUACAGCUUUGGCUUUGGGAAGUUUUAUCUCACAGGGGGGACACAACUUGCCUAUCUGGGAUCUCUUCCCAUAAUUGGAGAAAAGGAAGUGAUUCAAGCUGAUGAUGAGCCAACUUUCUCCUUCUUCAGUGGCCCCUAUAUGGUCAUGACCAACUUGGUGUGGAGCGGGAGCAGGGUCACAGUGAAGGAGCUGAAUCUUCAAGCCACCCAACAGCGCUGCAGCAGGUUGCGACUGGCAGACUUGCUAAUUGCCGAGCAGGAGCACAGCAGCAAACUGCGGCACCCCCACCUGCUGCAGCUGAUGGCUGUGUGUCUGUCCCAGGACCUGGAGAAGACCCGCCUCGUAUACGAGCGCAUCACCAUUGGCACGCUCUUCAGUGUCCUCCACGAGCGAAGGUCCCAGUUCCCCGUGCUGCACAUGGAAGUGAUUGUGCACUUACUGCUCCAGAUCUCGGAUGCCCUGAGAUACCUGCACUCCCGCGGCUUCAUCCACCGCUCCCUCAGCUCCUACGCUGUCCACAUUGUCUCCCCGGGGGAAGCGAGGCUCACUAACCUGGAGUAUAUGCUGGAAAGCCAGGAUGGAGGUGUACAAAGGGACCUGACUCGAGUACCUCUCCCCAGCCAGUUGUACAACUGGGCUGCACCGGAAGUGAUCUUGCUGAAGGCAGCCACGGUGAAAUCUGACAUCUACAGCUUCUCUAUGAUCGUGCAGGAGAUGUUAACAGACAACAUACCCUGGAAUGGUUUAGAUGGUUCAGUUAUUAAAGAAGCCAUAGUCUUAGGAAAUUAUUUAGAAGCGGAUGUCAGACUUCCAAAACCUUACUAUGAUAUUGUUAAGUCAGGCAUCCAGAUCAAGCAGAAAGACCGAACUAUGAACCUUCAAGAUAUCCGGUAUAUUCUGAAGAAUGACUUACAGGAAUUUAUUGGAGUCCAGGGAACUCAGCCACCUGAGAGCCCUAGGGUGCAGAGAUGUGAACCUCAUCCUGACAGCAGUGUCUAUUUAGGACUGACUUCAGAGCAGCCAAAGGAGACCUUCAACUUGGAAAUCAAAGAAUUAAAGGAAAUGGGCAGUCAGCCUCAUUCGCCAAGGAGUCGCUCUUCUCCCACUGAGCAAGCCACUCCAGAUCCUUUGACCCCAGAUCCAAGUCUAACAGCCCAGGAGACUCAGCAUCAGCCUAGCCCUCCCCCUGCCUCCUCAGUGGCCGAGGAGUCCCAGAGCCACAGCCCCAGUCGGCCAAGCCUCUGUAGCUUCGAAAUCAACGAAUUCUACUCAGGCAGCUUGGACCUGGGGGGUGACCAAGAAGAUACAGGAGCUACUUCAUCUCCGGACAGGGAGAGACCAAACCAGGCAGAUGAGCUACAGUCCAUGGAGGAAGAGCUGGACAAGAUGAAGAGUGAGUCAUACAGCUUCUGUUCCGACAAGAGCUCUUCGGAAGCUGACUCCGAGCUCUCCUCUGGGGACUGGGACUGGCAAAAUGAUUCUCUUAGUUCACUCAGCCUCCCUGAGCCAACCAGAGAGGCCCAAGGCGCUGUGAGCAACAGGUCCAUGACCGAAGAGUAUAUUAGUAAGUGUGUGCUGAAUCUAAAGAUUUCUCAGGUGUUGAUGCAGCAGAAUACGGAGAGGCUGAGGCGUGUUGAGCAGCAACUACUUGAGGUGGAGGUGGCACAUAGGGAGCUGGAGGAGCGCAGGUGGGAGGCCUUGCAGAAGCUGUCAAAUGUCCUCAGCUUACCCAAAGCCGUGGGCCCUCCAUCUCUGAUUUACAUCCCUCCCAUCAUACAGCUGCCUGGGAGUCAGCAGCCAGACACCACGGACAACUGCCCAAGCCUGGCAAGGUCUCCCAGAGCAGCUAGAGACUGUCAGGGAGGACAGUUUGACAAAAGACCCAGAAAAAGAAGUGGCAGUAACUGGAAACUUCUCACUCACGUUUCUGAAGAAAGUCCUGGACAUCAGUCAGAGACAAGAAGACCUCAGCAGGUAGCUCUUGGUAGUCCUGGGAAGGAUAACACGGGUGAACAAUUUGAGCAUGCUCAAGAAGCCAGGGUCAACCUGGGAAGAAGCCAGGACCAGAACACUACUAGCCAAGGAGGGACGAAAGAGUCCAAUACCCAUGCCAAAGUCACACCGCUAAAUAGUAAACCCUUGAUCAUGUCGAGCCACCCACAGGGACCUGCGUGUCAGGACUCUGCCAGGAUUAGUGUAGAGGCUAUGCCUUCUGAAGUCUCUACUGCAAAGUCAAGAAAUAAAGGAGAUGAUGGAAGGGUACACUUAAGAUGGAAAAUGGAAGUAAAAGCAAUAGCAGAGAAAGCAGCUACCGGGCAGCUCACAGUACCUCCUUGGCAUCCUCAGAGUUUGACCUUAGAGUGUGGGGCAGAAAGCAAGCCUGACCCCCUGCCGCAGCCUCCCUUGAGGGGCCCUGAGAACAUGAAUUCACAGCGAGUUGUAGACUAUCACAGGGAACCUGAUAAACCAGGAGGAUUUGGCAAGUUCAACAAAUUGAACAACAGGGACUGUGACCAGCAUGGCAGACAGACUGGGCCUUGCAGCUUCACCGGUAUCAGACACGUGUCCCCUGAAGAAAACAAACAGCCAGAGCAUAGAGAAGCCUUGAAAGCAAGUUCAGAGGCGUCUGCAAUCAUUGAGAAAUCUGACAGUGAUAAGUCCGUGCAAUCAACUUGUUCACCAGAGACUUCUGAGGAUUUAACGGAUGAAUUCUUAACUCCAGACCAUGAGUACUUUUACUCCUCAGCUGCUCGAGAAAACUUAGCUCUAGAGAUCUCAAGUCCCAUAGAAGACUUGGAAGUUCAGGGUGCACUUGCUCAAUCUCAGGUCUCUGAUGAGGAAAAGUUCCACUUUGGAAAGAAUGCUGAGAUUCUGAUCAAGUCUCCAUUCCAGCUUAAACAAAGCACUGGAGGCGAACAAGAGGAAACUUUAAAGGAGCCACCAAAGGAACUGAAAGAGAAAGACAUCUCACUGACAGACAUCCAGGACCUGUCUAGUAUCACCUGUGAACAAGAUGGCUCUGUUAAGGAAGUCUUGUGCAAAACCCCCAGAAUCAGCCAUGCACCCACCAGUGUCAGCACUCCACUCAGCCCAGGGUCAGCUUCUUCAGCUGCCAAUCAGUAUAAAAACUGCCUUGAAGAUAUCACAUUUCAGGUUGAAACAGUGUCUAGCUGUUGCCAGAACAAUCAAGAAUCGGUUCCAACUUUGUCUGCUAAAUCUGCAACUGUCCGAGAGAGAGCCAAGAGUCUUGAAUCUCUCUUUCCUUCCUGUGAAACAUCCCCUUCCAGACUGGCUGCUCUGAAAAGAUCAUUUACAUAUAAUAGAACUAGCUCAUCCAGCAUUGCUAAGGCAUCUGGAACAUCACCUCAAGCCGUCCAGAGAAGGAGCCUGCCUAAAGAACUAGUAGAAGCCAUUUCCCAGCAUCACAUUGAUGAAUUACCACCACCAGCUCAGGAAUUUCUUGAUGAAAUUGAGCACUUGAAGCAACAGCAGGCCUCAUCCACAGUACUGCAUACAGCACAUGAUCCCGUCAUCACUGCAAAUGAUCAGAAACAUUUAGAAGAGCAAGAAACUGAUAGUAAAAAAGAAGAUGGCAGUAUGCACUGGACCAAAGAAUCUCAGGAUCUAGGGGAGGACACAGAGAGAGCUCAUUCCAGUCUUGAUGAGGACCUGGAAAGAUGGCUACAGCCACCCGAGGAGUGCAUAGAGCUGCAGGCCCUCCCCAAGGGCUCUACAAGGGAGACGAAUACCAAGGAUCAGGAAGUUGAUGGAAAGAAGAGAAAAGGAGACGAAAGCAUCAAGUCAGAGAAAAGGAAAUCAGAGAGCUUUCUGGGGACUUCUGAAGAAGAUGAACGAAAACCCUGUUUUUGGAAGCGACUGGGUUGGUCUGAGCCAUCAAGGAUCAUCGUUUUGGAUCAGAGUGACUUGUCAGACUGACCUGACUUGGACCUCAGGUAGACUGCCAGCCUGCUGGGGAACCCUUGUGAGCUCCUUCCUUCUUGAGUUUGCUUCAGUUGCCAUCAGGGCAGUGAUUUCAAGUCUGUAAUUCACACUUCGUUUAGCUGCCACAGUAGACAUAGUGGUUUCAUCCUGUUGGCAGCACAUUUAAUUGUUUUUGUUUUAGUCAAAUUUCUGAAAAGUGAGAGGUAGUUUUGACUGUAAAAAAUUUCUCAUGUAUCCACCCAGAAUGGGUUUUGGUUUUGUUGAUGUAAGCUGAAAACUUUAAUAAUAAUAAAGAUGUGUGAGAUGU